AUGAGCGACAAUACUGCGUCUUCUGCGGCAGAGGCGACAGAGAAACGGCCGAAGCGCGAAGAAGCGAUACAAUGGGAGAAGAGCACUGGAGACUCACACAUCUCAGCUGAACUUGCCGACUCGCCAUACUUCAUCCAUGAUGGCGAUGAGAAGCCGAAGAAGAAAGGUCUGCCUGAAUGGCUCGACCACUUCAACGUCAAGGAUUUGAAGACGCUUUUCAAGUGCUCUGUCGCAGUCUGGAUCGCAACACUGUUCCUGCUCAUCAAUCCAACCCUCGUUGCAUUUGGCCAGGCCACUUUCUUCGGAUGCAUUGUCCUCUUCAUUUUGCCCUGCAAUGGCGUCGUCUUCAUUCAAGUCUUGGGCGGCUUGACCAUGAUCGUCGGCAUGGCCGCAGGAUGGGCAUGGGGCGUGAUCUCGAUGAAGGCUGCACUGGCUGCUCGACCGGCGGCUGAGACGAAUGCGAGACUUGCGCAACUUGCUUCUGAAGCCACUCAGCAGCAAACGAAUACGCAGCAGACGACAGGACAGUCGAUGUAUACGCAGGUUUUAAUUUUUGAAGGCUUUAUGCUUGAUACAAGGGUUACCGUCACAUACUUCUGCAUGGUCGGUCUCUUUGUCUACUUGGUGGCACGCCUACGCGUUCGCGCACCGAAGCUCGCACUGUUCCAGAUGUUUGCAAUUAUCGUCUCGGAUAUCUUUCUCACCAUUGGGCCCUUGAUCCCGACCUUUACUGGUACAAUCCCUUCUGUCCUGAUCAAACCGGCAGCCACGGCAAUUGGCAUUGGCAUGGCAUGCAAUAUACUCCUGUUCCCACGGAGCACCUCGCAUAUCGUCCUCGACACUAUGCAGGGUGCCCUCGCUCCAAUGAAAGGGGUUUUCAAUGCUUGUAAGCUGGCCUUCAGAUAUUCAGAUGCGACAGUCAAUCUAGCGCAGCUGCAAAAAACCAAGGCGACCACUAUUGCCGCUUACAAGGAAGUCGAAGCCAACCUGGGUUUUCUCGCUCUUGAUCUGUCAACUGGACGAUGGAGCACUGAGGAUGUAAAGAGCCUGCACGAACCACUUCGCCAGGUGGUCAUUAUGUGUACAGGACUAUUGGAACUCCAAAUCUUCCGGGCGAAGUCGCGGACUAAAUAUGAGAAGCUCAACGUAUUGAGCGAGGCCAUACACGGAGGAACUACCGAGACUGACAUGCCUGAGAUCGGCCACCACCAUCUUCUGCGAGUUCUGAGUCUGAGAGACCGCUUCCAACAUCCGAACACGAAAGACUUGCUGGAUAAGAGUAUGGCAGUUUUGUUCGCAUCGAGCGGGUCACUGCUGGAUACAUGUGGUGAUGCGGUAGACGCUAUCUUGGGGGCGCUGCAGACUGUGAACAGCAGACGAUGGGUCAAAAAGCCUGGUGUUGAUGAGUGCGACAUGCUUCGACUAGAGCACGAACAGGUGCUUAAGAAGCUCAAGGAAGACCAGGAGCGGUUUCAGACACUAAUUUCAGAGCUUUUACUUGAGCCGCACAAUCAUCUAUUCGACGAGCACGGUGUGCUGAAAACACCGGGAAACGCUGGUGCUCCAAUUCACGGUCUGGCGCUCGGGUUCAUAUUUGAAGAGCGAAUUCUUAGCGUAGCUUCUGCCUUGGAUGCUAUGCUUACGCGGGUCAUUAGGCUUGAGCAAGAGCGGACGAAGACAAAGAUAUGGCUGCCAAAGGGUCUACGAGAUCUGCUCUCGUGGGGGCUUGGGAGGGACGCUGCCCCCGGUGUCAUUGCAAUGCCAAGCGACAACAAUGAUUUAGAGCUUGAGAAAGCUCUGACAAGGAGCAAAACCAACUCCUCUACGAAGAAGAACGAGGAAGAGAAGGAGACAGGGGCACAGGCACAACUUGACAAACUUCGCUUUCGUGGUGGCACGAAACGAAGCACCCCGGGGAAGAUUUUGCUCGCAGUGUCACGCUGGCUGGGGAACACCGAAGGCAUGUACGCUUUGCGUGCGCUGGUUUUGACAAUUGCCCUUGCACUUCCAGCUGUUCUGACCUCAAGUGCUGGCUUCUACUAUCGCGAAAAGGGCAUGUGGGCUCUGAUUAUGGCCCAGACUGGCCUCAUGACAUACACGGCGGAGUUUGUGUAUGGUUUCGUCCUCAGAACUUUCGGGACAGUUGUUGGAGGUAUCUUGGGCAUGGUGUGCUGGUAUAUCGGAGCUGGAAACGGACCCGGAAACCCCUACGGCAUGGCUGCGAUCAUGGCAUUGGUAGUGGUCAUGCUGAUGUGGGGACGACUCUUUGCUCCGCCAGCAUUCCUGCAGGGUGUUUUGCUGAUGGCCUCGACCCUAUACCUUGUUGUGGCAUACAGCUGGGUCGACACGCAUAUUCCAUCGUACGGCAACCCCGGUGUCGGCUACACUGUUUUCUGGCGGAGAGUGCUGCUCGUGAUGAUUGGCUUUACAGCAUCGGCCAUUGUCAUCUUCAUCCCGCGACCACCAUCCGCGUCAAGACAUUGUCGACGUGUUCUUGCGAGCACCAUUCGGGACAGCAAGGACUUGUACGCGCUGUAUGUCAUGUCGUGGACGCACAAGCAUUCAGACCUGGAGGAGACAUCUGAGAAACAGAUUCUGGCCAGUGUAGAAACCCUCGGGGGAAUUGCUGGACCGCUUGCGUUGUUGAGGUUUGAGUUCUCAAGCUCGAACUUUGACGCAGAGACGCUAUCUCAUGUCGCGGAUCUUUGUAUGGACAUCAACCAAAGCUUGAGUCAGUUGAUCCUCUUCUCGAACCAACUUCGGCAAGAUUACAAGCAAAGGUUCGCAAAGGUGACAGGCGCCCUGGACGAGGGCCUCAUUGGCGAUUUGAUGGCCGUGCUGACGCUGGUCGAGCAGUCGCUGGAGACAGGUUCUCCACUUCCGGCGGUGUUGCCUGUGCCAUUGAUAGCGCGUUCUGCUGGACUCAGCGAAGCAUUUGGGAGAGACAAAGCUGGCCAAAUAACGCUGAGCAUUGACGCCAUCAAGGACGAAGGGUUUCGCAAGUAUUGCGUUGUGCUGAGCGCGUUCGUCCAGCUGCUGGGUGCCGUGGAUGACCUUGUCUGGCGGGUCAAGACAGCGGUUGGCGAGACGAGCUAUGUCGAUGUUGAACAGCCAUUUUUGUCAAGACACGUCAGUCCUUGA